AUGGUGACUAUUUUGUUAAUCCUUUGCUCACCUGUCCACAACAUUUCUCAAAAUGAUAAAGAUGCAGCUAAUUAUGGUCUUGAAACUGGAAAAGGGAUAGCUGAACUGCUUGCACAGAGAGAUUUUGGAAAGUCAUUGACAAAGAUCGGAAAAAGUGUCGGUCCUUAUCUUGGCGCAUUAGGUCCCUUCGUAGGUAUCAUCACGGCGGUCAUUCCAUCUGAGUCUGAUGAGUUAGCUUUCAUGAAAAACAUGAUGAAGGAAAUCGAUAAGCGUUUAGAUAACAUAGAUAAUCGAUUCAACGAUAUCGAAAAGAUGAUUAAGUGGAGUGUUGUUCAAAUCAACUUCGGGCAAAUAGAACAAAGAAUACAGGCAACGUCGCGUGAAUUUAAAUAUCUAUAUGAGGUUCCAAUGUCUGCUGUGCAAAAUAGAAAAUUGCUUUUUAUUUCGAAUUAUAAAAGUGAUUAUCAGAAUAGUGGCAAUAAAUUGUUUCAAGCAAUUAUCCAAGGACAAGGUACAUUUCAAGAAGAUCUUGGUACUUCUGUUUUGCGUUAUACCGGCAAAGACCGCAGAAAGACACAGUUAUUUCUUCUCGGUGUUAUGCAACUUCUCUUGCAAGCUGUAAAAGUAGAAUUAGGUUAUCUUCUAGUUAACCAAUACACUCACAAUGCAAACUUUAUGAAGUUGGAAUGGGAAAAAAAAAUACAGACGGUUCGAAAGAAGUUCGAGUACAUUGACUAUCAAUGUGCUAAUGUAUAUUAUCACGCCCAAUCCGGAAAGGAACUUGAUGAAUAUUCUGCUAAAAACAAGGGUUUAACUAAUUCUCAAUUUGCCUCUGGGCUAUUUCAACAUCUUGGUGGAAAGUACUAUUGGAGGGACUGGGCUGUUAUUGCCUAUAAUCCCAUAUGGGGCGGUGACAACCAUUGGGUAGGUGUUAGUGGGGGACACAUCAAAUUUAGGAAAGAUGGAAGAAACAUAGUAGUGGCGAGCGUAGACAAGAAACAUUCAGUCAUGGAUUUAGCAAGAGCUGAGCAGGAUAUGAAAAAAGUAUCCAUGACAUAUCGUACUGGAAAUUGGUGGACAGGGUAUAGAGACGCUCGUCGUAAUGCGAAAGAUGUUUUUAACUCUUUGGAUAAAAGAGGAGCCUCGUUGGUUAGUGUUAUAAGAUGUUAUAACAAUAUGACGUACCAUUACCACAGUAAACGAUAUAGAUACGUCCCUAGAUGUCCCCAUUUCGAUCUCUUUAUGUGGGGUUGACCGAUUUUAAGACAGUGUUACUAUCAAUCGCUGAUUAUUGAUCUUACAAUUCAAUGCAUUUAUUGUUAUAACCCUUCAUUUUUAAAAGGACAAGUUUCUUUGAAGAUAACUUUUCCCUCCUUUUUAGUCAUGUUAAUUGACUUACAUUUUUUGUAAAAAGGACACUUGUAACAUACAAUUAUUUCUCUUUAUUUUUCAAAACUUAUUGAUAAACAACUUUGUAAAUGUAUUUCAUCAUUAUUUUGCUGGAAAAUGGUGGCAUUCAUUGAAUCAACCAAGCACGAAUAUUACUACUUAAACACAAGAGUGGCUUAAGUGGCUCUAGAAUUUAGGUGCAUCCUAUUCAAUAAAAUCCAAAAUGCAAUACGAUUUCAGGUACUCGUUUUUCUUAGUGGCUAACGACCUUACACUAGUAACGUUCUCUGAUAAAUCGUUAUUUCUAAAUUAAGAGGUAGAUGGGGGUCGAAAUUCAAAUCAAUAGAUUUUUUUAAUAAUUUGCCAAAAUUAAGUUUAUGGGAUGUUUUUUUUUCAAAAAUGUAAUAAAAAAAUUAGUUACGGGGCAUUUUUUCGAGGUGCAGAUUGUGCAAAAUUGUCAGAUGUUGUAUAGAUUAUACAAAAUCAUGGAAAAACCUAUUUUGUGUGAUAAAAAGAAAACUAAACGUAGAAUUUUAAGAUAAAUUAUGAGAAGGUAGCUCUUAUUGUGUGAUUUCAGAAAUGAACAAGAAAAACUGGGAUUACGAGGCUCGUUUUAUUGUAACGAAUUAUUAUUCAUACAGAAUUUUUGCUUAUAAAGUUUUAAUUUCUAAACCCCGUCACAUUCUUUAUGUUCGUGUCCAAAACCAGGAGCCUGCAACACAGUGGUUGUCGUUGGUUGUUGUAAUUGUUGUUUUACGUUUAUUGUUCCCGCCAUUUUGUUCUUAGGUUUUAUAUUCUGAAUUAAAUGGCAUUUCUUUUAAUCCCUGAGCCUUUCAUAUAAAAAUAAGAAGAUAUGGUAUGAUCGCCAAUGAGACAACUCUCCACCAGAGACCAAAUGACAUAGAAGUUAACAACUGUAGGUCACCGUUGCCUUCAGCAAUGAACAAAACAUAGCUGACUAUAAGGUGUGAGAUUUGCUGACUGUUAAUGGCCAUACUGGUGUGACGCACGUGUAAUUGUUCUCCUCUUCUCCUUUUCUCUUUGAUAUAAAAAGUGGAGAUGUGGUAUAAUUGACACUCAUACAACUAUUUUUUUUUUUCUAAUUUGUUCUCCUUGUUUUUAUAUAGAACUCUUUUCAUGUGUUAGAAUUUGUUAACUGCAACACCCGAAAUUAUAUAAAAUAUGCAAUCUUUAAGAGGCCGAAUUCACAAAUUUCUUACAAAACAAAACUUUAUGUAAACAUGAAGAAAAAAAACAAUUAUUAAUUGUCACUUAGUCAAAAUGCUUAAUCCUGUAUUUAAUUUUUAUACUCUAAUUCAGCGCAAAAUAUUUAAGAUAAAGUAACUUGUCUUACGUUGCUUGCUCUACAUGAGGGUCUGGAGGUUUACAGAAUAUAGAAUAAUGGACAUAAGUGGCUAAAAAUAAAGAAUAGAGAAACAUAGGCACACCAAAUAGAGAAUAGAGAAUAAUGGGGUACUGAAAUAUAAAGCAUGGAAAAUAAUGGACAAACUUUAUAAAGUAUAUUGAAAAAUGGCAUAUAAAUAAAGGAAUACAUAAUUAAAGGAACCCCUCAUCCAGACCCCACUACAUAACAAGAAAGUAUAUUGAGUUAUCUCGCUUCGUUUAUAUGACAUAACAUUUAUAUAGCAUUAAAGGUAUAUCAAAUCGCCAUUUUUAUUCUUUCUCACACGGACAUAUUGAAUUGUGUUUGAACUAUUAUUAAGACAUUUCAUUGAACAAAUGUGAGUUGUCUGUUUUAUAGUUUUUAUUACCUCUUUUGGUAUAUAAGUCUUGUUUUUUUUUCUAAUUUGGUUGCUCUCAGUCAC